GGUUCUUAUCUGCUUAUUCUGGCACUUUUUGUGACUUAUCAAAUUCCACCAUCAACGCGGGCAUUUCCGAUUGAUUGCCAAAAGAACACUGCAGUCUGUUUGGAAGAAAUAAUGAAGGAAGUCACCCAAGUUCGAUUUGAGGUUAAGAUUCUCACGGAGAACAAAACAUUGGCGAGACGUAAGCACGAUUCCUCUUCGUUCAUGUGUGUUACUAACUUUAUUAACAUUUAUUCAUUUCAAUUUUUAUUGUUAUUUUUCAAGAGUACACUAACUGUUAUUUCGCAUAUAUUCCCCUUGUAUUUCAUCAACAGCUAAGAACUGUGUUGAGCUCUACCAUUCCGGUCAAAGGAUCAGCGGUGUUUACACAAUCGACCCAGAUGGCUUAGGCGCCUUUAGUGUAUAUUGUGAUCAAACCACUUCUGGUGGGGGAUGGACAGUCUUCCAGAAGAGAAUGGAUGGCUCUGUUGAUUUUAAUCGCACCUGGAAUGACUACAAACAUGGCUUCGGUAACUUGGUCGGUGAAUUUUGGCUUGGACUGGACAAGGUAAACCGUCUGACACAAAACAAAACAAAGAAUAUGCUUCGAAUAGAUCUGGGGGUAACUACGCGCCAAACUGUUCACGCUGAGUAUGAAUGGUUUGGGAUUGGGAAAGAGACGGCUGACUACCGGCUGUACAUUGGCAAUAUGACAAGUAAGUAAACCUAAAGUCUUUUUAAACAUUCACCUUUGGAUUUUUAUGUGUUACUUUCCCUAUCCACGUCUUCUGCCCCAUACACACCAAAGCUUAAAAGCUGUUUUGAUAAAAUCGAUUUAAAAUUUGUUUCUUCAGAGAUGCUGCUUAAACUGAUCUUUGUCCACUUCAAAUUUUGCAAAUUUAGCGAAGUAUAACAAGUUAGUGACAGCUUGAAUCCUAUGAAAAACUGAUUUUUUUAUCCAAUCCCUUUCCCCUAACCCCACGUGACCUGCAAAUAAUGGUUCGUUCUAGCGUAUACCCGUUCGACAGUAUUUUGUUGUUAAUUCUGCCCAUACAUGCUACUCCGUGGACAGUUUGUUUUCGAAGUUGCUUGAGAUAGAAAAUUCAUUGAACUCGGCUUUAGCAAAAUAAUAAAAUUUGAGUAUUAUUAUUUUGUCCGAUAUUUUUGUAUUUCGAUACCUGCCCUACUUCGUCGAUUAGUAGCUAUCGAGUUUGAGGUGUCAAAAGUGUUAUCUUAAUCCUAAUAUUAUGGAAUUUUUGUUUUUUUAAUUUUUUCUUUAACAGAUGCAACUGUUUCCUCUGAUUCCCUCAAUCCCCACAAAGAUCUCAUUUUUGGUACCUGGGAUAGAGAUCCUGCUAAUUGUACUCUAAAAAGAGGCGGAGGCUGGUGGUAUGGCAGCAGUAGUGAUUGUGCUGUUUCGUCGAAUCUCAACGGAAUUUAUCCGCGUUGUCGAAAGGAAACCUGGGCCGAUAUCCAUUGGAGAAAAUUAGAUCCAAACAAGCCCGAGCGCAGCGCCCCCACAUCAACUGAAAUGAAAAUUAGACCAGUGGAUUUUUUUUAA